UGCAAGCUCAAACCUUAUUAACUUGGUAAUAUGAUGUGAUAUGGGUUCAUUUAUUUUGUCAAUUUUAUUUUAAGAUUGAUUAAUAAACUAGAGUUUUUAACGUUAGCUCGAAUGUUAGUUACGUCAGUGAGUGAGUGAAGGAAGCAAGCAUGCAAUGUCAAAAAUAUAUUCGGCCGUUUAGCUAGCUACUGGUAGCUGUUAACGUUACCACGUAGCUAAAUAGCUUGCUGGUUAUUUUGUUCGUCCUGUCGUUUUAUGUAGCUUGUUGUGAUGCGGAGAGGAGACCUUGUUCCCCGCGCCUUCCAGGCCCCAGUGGAUGUCCAUGCUAGUGUAGAUGGCCAGGUGUACAUGUUCAGGCGAGGCCAGCAGAAUGACUCUGCUGGCUCUUCAGAGGAAGAAGAGUUCAAUGUGAUGGAGUUGAGGCCCCGGGGGUGGCAGGAGCUGGAACAGGACAGACGCGGAAGCCUCAUGCUGCUGGAGAGGGAUGUAUUGGUUGGGGACAACCUCAACAAACUUGCUCUGCAAUAUGGCUGCAAGGUGGCAGACAUAAAGAGAGUGAACAACCUGAUUCAGGAACAGGAUAUAUUUGCUUUGAAAUCAAUCAAAAUCCCUGUGAAGAAACACAGCUUAUUGACUGAGGCUAAUACAGAGCUAAAAGUGCCAGAUCCAGGAGCCUCAAAUUCAGCCACACCACUGCCCCAGCCACAGGGCAAACUUACAGCCAGAUUCCCUGGUAGGCCACAUCUACAGGAAUACACCGACUACCUCAAGGAAGUGGACCAUGACAUUGAGAGACUGAUCCAAACCACAAAUGCACAGGAUGAGGUUUUUUUAGAGGCUGCAGAAAGGCCACAAAAGUUGGGCUCCAGAGGCCAGCGCCUGACCAGCUAUGGAGCAGACUGGGGCAUCCAGUGGUGGAACGCUGUGGUGGCCAUGCUCCUGAUAGGCAUUAUCCUACCUGUCUUUUAUGUUGUUUAUAUCAAAACACAAGAUACUGGAGUGCCUGCUGCUGUAGCUUCCUCAAACAGCUCAGGGACAGGCCUCAGCACAGAUAGCCCUAGGAGCACUUUUAGCAGCCAAGAGAGUGUGUCUCUCAGUCUGAACAAACCUAACACUUAAUUGAGGGAAACAAUGUCUAUGGACUUCAUGCUUAACUUUGGUCAACCAAUGUUAGCCAUAAGUACAAUCACUUUGAAUCCCUAAAUAAUGUUCUGCUUAAAGGUCAUCAAAGUAUUACCUUAAUGAAGAUGUGUUGCUGUGUAACAUUUCUUUACACAAGCUUGAAGCUUUUACUUUAGUAUGGAUUUCUUUGUGUUUUACCACGUAUAUUGGGCUUCAUCGUUUCUAAUUUUGUGUGCCUUAUUAGAUGCGUGACUUAUUCAGUCAACUGUUCUUUCUUGUUUGUGCUAAUUAUUUGUGCACGUAUUUUAACACAAGUGGUUGAUUUGUGACAUUACAGCUUCAAUUGAAUAUGGAUAUUCAGUUUCUGACUUUCUUAGACAAUCUGAACUAAUGGUACAAAAUGUUUUAUUUUUCUAUGAUAAGGAUACAAUGCCAACAGUGCCAUUUUACAGAGAUGUGUAUGAACUAACAUGUUUUUCUUUUGUUUCAAUACUUUAUUAAGUGCAGUAAAUGUCCUUUAAAGGGAUAAUUGUGGCUUUUAUCUACUUCCUCAGGGUCAGAUGAACUUGUGGAUACCAUUUUUAUGCAUUUGCUUGCAGUGUUUUGGUAGUUUUGUAAGUCAAUGCUAACCAGUGUUAGCGCAAUGCCUGGAAGUCUACUGUUCCCAUAGACUUUCAGUUAUUGCGCUAAUGCUAGUUAGUAACUUCCUUCAAACUGCACGAAGAUACAGUACAUACAAAUGUUAUCCACAAAUUCAUCGGACUCUGGGGAAAUAGAUAAAGGGCCUCAUUGCCAAAACCCCCGAACUAUCCCUUUAAACUAGGAAUUAAAACUAAACCUGCAUGCAUAAAAUGUCCGCUUGCAGGUCUGUGAACUAAGCUAUGCAGUGUGUUACACUGAUGUAGGCCAGGCCUAUCAGAAAGCAAAGCAGUCAAAGCUUUUUCAAAACUGCUGCCAUGGUCCGUUUCAAUCAAGUGCUCUUACUCUGUGCCAAUCAGUUAAUGUUACUCCUGGAAAAAUAUAGCCUGAUAUUCCUAUUGCCUUCGAUCCAAAACAAACAGUGAGAAUAAUGUGAAUGAAUUAAUUACUCCGGUCAGUAACAACUUUUAUAAGUUAGCAUUAGUGUUAUUUUCCAAAGUUACAUGAGUGUUUUGAGAAUGUAUGAACCAUUCAAGAGGGCUCAAAUUAUGAAUAAUUUGAAACAUGUUGGCAGUCUUUUAUCAAACUGACCCUUUUCAGUAUUUUCCACAUUACUUUUUAAAUUGGUUAACAAUUAUUAUUUGCAAGCAUAGCCUACAUUAUGUAAGGGACAGGACCAGUGAACAGUGACACAAUGAAACUAUUUGUUGCAGGUCAAAGUUUUAAAUGUUGAAGUUAGUUGUAACUGAGAAGUGUGUGUGUGUGUGUGUGUGUGUGUGUGUGUAUAUAUAUGUAUAUAUAUAUAACGCAACAUGUAAAGUUUUGGUCCCAUGUUUCAUGAGCUGAAAUAAAAAAAUCCCAGAAAUGUUCCAUACACGAAAGU